CAUAUUGAGCCUUCUCUUUAGCUUAUUCAGUUCAUCUCUUUUUUGUUUUAUUCUUAUACUUUUAACAUUCCUUCAUAACCCUUCUCGAUAUCGAAUUUGAAAAUGAAGCAAUUAAGCUUUAUGCUUUUGCUUUCCCUUGCUUUGUUGCUAGUGAGCACCAUUGGGGUUACCAAUGCAGGUGGUCUUGGUCGUGGUGGUGGCCGUGGUGGUGGAAAUGGUGGCGGCAGUGGUGGCGUGUUUGGGAUGAAUUUCUAUCGUUCAACUACAUGUCCUCAAGCCGAAAACCUUGUGAGACAAGCCACGAGGAGCAAAGUCCGAAGUGACCCUACCUUGGCUGCCAAAAUUCUUCGUGUCCAUUACCAUGACUGCUUCGUUAGGGGAUGUGAUGCGUCUAUACUAUUGGACACAGUUGGGACUAAUCAAUCGGAAAAGGAUGCAAGACCUAACCUAACAUUAGGAGGUUUCGAAGCCAUUGAUGAUAUUAAGGCACAAGUAGAGCAAGCUUGCCCUGGAGUCGUUUCCUGUGCAGAUAUUCUUGCUCUAGCUGCUCGAGAUGCGGUUUCUUUCCCUUUUGGAAGGGAUCUUUGGCCUGUGCCUACCGGACGAAAAGACGGUAAGGUAUCCCUCAUAGGUGAUGUGACUGGAAACUUGCCUUCGCCAUUCUCAGAUUUCACCACCCUUAAGCAACUAUUCGCCAAGAAAAAUCUCGAUGUUAAUGAUCUUGUUGCAUUAUCAGGUGCGCACACCAUUGGGGUAGCUCAUUGCGGAGCAUUUUCAAGAAGGCUAUUCAACUUCACGGGCAAAGGUGACCAAGACCCGAGCCUAGAUCCGGUAUACGCCGAAACAUUGAAGCAAAAAUGCCCGAACCCGGCUAACCCGGCAACCGUUGUGGGCAUGGAUCCUGGAAGCCCCGGUUCAUUCGACAAUAGUUAUUUCAGAAUCCUUAAACAAAACGAAGGCCUCUUCCAAUCUGACGCAGCCCUCCUCACUGAUCCAACUUCGACUUCAAUCGUUAAUCAGUUACAGUUUCCGGGAAAUUUCUUCGGUGCGUUCGCAAGAUCCAUGGUGAAUAUGGGAUCCAUCGGAGUCAUCACCGGAGCUGAUGGAGAAAUCCGGAAGAAUUGUCGGGUUGUCAAUUAAUUAAUUCCCUAGUGGUCUCGAUUGAUUUGUAUUGCUAUUGAUUUGUCGAAAUGUACUAAUUGUCUUUCUUUCUAGGUAUAUUUGUCAAAAGGUUAAUGCAAAAAAAAAAUAAAAAUUAAGCCUUUUGAUACCAUAUACCUAUCAGAAUUUGUUGUUACCAUGUACGUGUUUUUUU